CCCUACUGCUCAUCACCCCUACUCCACGAGUGGUCGCCUCCUACACACCUGUGGGAGAAGAAGGAUUGGAGGACUCGCUUGGGCAGAUGUGCUCAUAGGAGAGUGGGAAGAAGAUAUCCUUUUUCUUCUGCUUUCUAGUCGAUGGAUUUGUCACUGGCAACGCAAGGAUAUAUUUGUUAAAAAAAAGCGUGUGAAGCAUGGGUGACUGGAGCUUUCUGGGGCGACUGUUGGAGAACGCUCAGGAACACUCCACUGUGAUAGGAAAGGUUUGGCUGACCGUCCUCUUCAUCUUCCGUAUCUUGGUGUUGGGCGCGGCGGCCGAAGACGUGUGGGGCGACGAGCAGUCCGACUUCACUUGCAACACGCAGCAGCCCGGUUGCGAGAAUGUUUGCUACGACGAAGCCUUUCCCAUCUCCCACAUGCGCUUCUGGGUGCUGCAGAUUAUCUUUGUGUCCACGCCGACCCUAAUCUACCUGGGACACGUGCUGCACAUUGUACGCAUGGAGGAGAAGAGGAGGGAGCGGGAAGACGAGAACAGGAAGUUAGGUCGGCACCCGGGGGACCACGACCCCCUCUACCACAACGGAGACGGCGGUUGGAAGAAGGAGAAGCCGCCGAUCCGCGACGAGCACGGCAAAAUCCGUAUCCGCGGGGCCUUACUGAGGACCUACAUCUUCAACAUCAUUUUCAAGACCCUGUUUGAGGUGGGCUUCAUCCUGGGACAGUACUUCCUCUACGGCUUCCACUUGAGGCCACUCUAUAAAUGCCGCCGCUGGCCCUGUCCCAACACAGUGGACUGCUUUAUAUCCAGGCCAACUGAAAAAACGAUAUUUAUCAUCUUCAUGCUGGCGGUGGCUUGCCUUUCAUUGGUCCUCAACCUGCUGGAGAUCUACCACCUGGGCUGGAAGAAAGUCAAGCAAAGCGUCACGAAUGAGUUUGUGGUCGACAACGAGUCCCUGCUGCUGGGCGCAGUACGAGCCGGAGACGCCAAGACUCUUCCCGAGGAGGUCAGUCCACCGGCGCUCGACUGUUUGCCGAGGUACGCCAGCGUGAGUGUGGUCGGGGGCAGCGUAGCCGAGGGGGGUGCCGACAGUCCCGCCGAGGUAAUCUCCUUAAGUCCCGAUACGGCAACCGGUUCUGUCAAGAUGGACCGCACCUUGUUCCACCCAGAUGACCUCCUGUUACAGUCGCUGCCUGGUUCCAUUUAUGGAGGAGUCCACAGACAGCUGACAGAGGAGAAGCAGAACUGGAGGAACAUGGCGUUGGAAAUGCAGGACGCCAAUGGAAAAAACUCCUCCGGCUCUUACCCUCCUCCCUCACCUCGAAUCUCCUCCUCCUCCUCCCAGCCGGAGGAGUCGAGUAUCCCCCCUCCGCCGGAGUCGCAACACUCCACUUUUCCCACACUCCCUUGCCACGCUCGUCUCUACCUCCUCUCGCUGGAGGAGGCUUUGGCAAGUGAGGAGAAGGCAACGGUGAGCGACGACUCCACCGUAAUUACCAAAGCGGAGAUGCAUCAGCCUCCUGAUAUGCAGAAGUCGAGACGGGUGGGCGAGAGCAGCGGCGCCAGGGCUCGGCCUGAUGAUUUGGCUGUGUAACCACGGCAACGUCAACAAAAUCCUGCAUCAAUCUGGAUACAAGUACACAAGGUGCCCAUCAGUCAUCAGCAACAACAUAAACUGGACAAAGUCAAGCCAAUGUCUGAACAUGACCAUUUACUUCUAAAAUGGCCCUCUGAGAGCAGACCUCUGCCAAGGCCAAACGAUCCGCGCUUAUUCACAAAUUCAUCAAUUCACUGAUUCUUUGGUGUA